UACAAUCCCAUACUGGACUGGCAGUUGCUCUCAUUGUCUCCACCGAGCUUUUACACACGGAAUUUUCCAAUGAGACUGUUGCUUAAAGACAGACAAAAUAAGUGCUCUUUUAGGUGUUUCUUAUGUAAAACUACAGCGCAGAGCAGAACAUCUUGUGGCAUCCAGGCAGGAUUCUAAUUUUUAGCAGUCUUGGAUUCCUCCCGAGAUGGUGCAGUCUGUAGGGACAUGCAAUGCCUGUCUGCAGGUUUGGAGGGGAAUACAGGGCUCUUGCACUUCCUGAGGGUUAACCUGCAUGCAGAGAACUGUCCCUGGGCUCUACAGUGAGGAGAUGGCCUGGCCUUCCUUCAGCUAUCCCUUCCUCUUCUCUUCCAAGGCUUCUGUUAGAAUAAUUGCUAUUAGAAAUCAACCAGGUCAGUCAGCAAUGGCUGCAGCAGAAAUUCCCAGUUACAUUGUCUCUUCUCAGACUGAGAAACACAGGAGGGCCAGAAACUGGACUGAUGCAGAAAUGAGAGGUUUAAUGCUGGUUUGGGAAGAAUUUUUUGAUGAGCUGAAACAAACUAAAAGGAAUGCCAAAGUUUAUGAGAAAAUGGCUAACAAACUCUUUGAAAUGACUGGAGAAAUUCGCCACGGAGAGGAAAUAAAGAUAAAAAUUACAAAUAUGACAUUCCAGUACAGGAAAUUAAAAUGCAUGACUGACAGUGAAACUGUUGCACCUGACUGGCCUUACUACAAAACCAUCGAUAGGAUCUUAUCCAAAGUGACAGACCACAGCGAUGUGAAAAUGCAUGAAAACCAGCAACCAGGUCCUUCCACAUCACAGACGGAGGCCUCACAGUCUCCAUCAGCCAAGUCUACACCUCUGUAUUUGCCAUAUAACCAGUUUACAUAUGAAGGAAGGGAAGAGUGCUUUGAAGAUGAACACUCAGAGAGUUCGUCAAGCUUACUUUCUUACAAGCUGAGAGCUGAAGAAAGACCAGUUAAGAAAAGAAAAAUGCAAAGCUGCAGUUUCCAAAAGAAGAAGCUAAAAUUAAUGGAGGCCAUGUUGGAAGAACAGAAGAAGUUGAGUAGAGCUAUGGAAGAAACCUGUAGAGAAGUGCGCAGGAUUCUGGAUCAGCAAAACAUCAUUCAAGUUCAAAGCUUACAGUUACAGGAGAGAAUGAUGAAUCUACUGGAAAAAAUGAUCUCCAAAUCCAAUGUGUAGUUUGCUUUGUGAAUGCCUCUGAGAUUACUAUUGAUAUAAUAGAUAUCCCCUUACUGCACACCGUAUGUGUGUCUGUUGCCCUAUUCCCAGAUUUUUCCAUGGAAAUUAAAACCCUAGUGUAAUCUUAGUUAAGCAGAGAGAACAGAUAAUGCAGAAUGAGAGCUAUCCAGUAUGAUAAAAUUAGUGCAAUAUAUGCAUAAGUUGAAUUAUUUUUAUACAGAAAGGUUAAGGGAUGAAUAGCUCUGGGAACUUCAGUACUAUUUAUGCCUAGGUCAGGUACUGUUAUACAGACAGUGGUGCUGUACAUUGCUUCACAUCAAGGACUAUAGUUUGACCUGUUGUAGAACAAAAUAGUGCAUUUCUAAACAUGGUGAUUGCAUCUUGACUUUGCUGAUGAUUAAACCCUAUUUUGAAACAUACAUUGUACAAGUGACCUAUGGCUCUUGUGAAGAGCUAGUUGGGACCAUGAGAUACAUAAUUUUAAACUCCCUGCCUGAUAUUAAUAGUAAAGUAUUAGGUUAAAAAUAGUCUAUUCAAAUACACUUUUGAUAUAAAAAGAAACCCCUCAAACCACCUAACUAUAUACUGAAUACUAAAAUGUAUAGAAGAUACUUGAAAUUGCUUUUGAUAUUAAAUGUUUAAUUUUUUUUUCAUUAUUAACUGGAAUCUGUUGACUUAAAGAACAACCAGCAAUGAAAAUUCUCAUUUAUUCUCUAUCACAAAAGAAAACUAUUGUACUGUGUGUAUAUACAUAUAUAUAUAUAAUCUAUCAAAUGAAAUAAAGAAAAAGAAGAAACUUA